AUCCCAACGCUGAUCCAGCAUCAGCAGAGGAGCGUCUCAGCCUGGAGGCAUCCGAGCUGGAGAAGAGACUCAGCAUGUUGUCUCAAUGUAGCCUAGCCAGCAGCACAGCUUCCACUUACAGCUGCAGCACAUCUGUUGCCGGAGACGACCAAAGCAGCAUCUCCAGCUCCUCUUCCAGCCAAUCAGAUACGAGCUACGGCAGCAGACUUUCCUUUAGGGCGGAGCCGUUAGCUCGACCGCACAUCUCCACGGAUACGGCAUCCAGCUGCUCUACGCUGCAGGCCCUGAGCGGCUCUGAUGACCGGCUGUUCGCUGCUGUGAUGGGGAGCUCCGGUCCCCGCACCCCCUCCGCCCAGCUCCACCUUCGGGGUCUCAAUGACAGUGGACGGCAGAGCUCAUUGGACAGUGGGAUUGGGGUAGCAGCAGGAAGCCAGUCCUCUUAUUCAGGGAGCUACUCCUCAUACACCGGGAGUCUGGACAUGGCCAGCCAGGGCGGGGAGGGGGAGUUUGGCUCUGUGGGCAGCUUACCUGCUCAUCUCCCUUCUUCACCUACUCCUCACCCCCCUUCUUCACCUCCUCCUUACCUUCCUUCUUCACCUCCUCCUCCACCUCCCAUCUCUCCUCCUCCUUCUUCUCCUUUUCAGACCACCCUUACCCCAGAGCCUGCUUCCUCCUCCUCGUGCCCUUUCACCUCCAGAUCUAGCUCUCGUGCGUCCCAGGGACACAGCGAGGACUAUCAGAUCCCCAGCCUGCUCCGCCUGUGGUAUGACACCCCCAGGAGUCUGCUGCAGAGCCUGUCCCUGAGGGAACCCCCCCUCCAACAAGGUCCCCCUGAGCUGGGCCGGGACAGCAGGAGAGGUGUGGAGGCCAGGGGAAGUCAGGGUCAAAGGUUGACUAACAGCCCCCCAGGAGGCAGGGCGCAGCGGCAGGCCAUGAUGCAGCGCUCACACUCCUGGGGCAGCGAGAGGGCGCCCCCUGUGGAGGGGGAGGGGGGGUCUACACUGAGACCCCUGCUGCCGCCUGGAGGCUCUGUUAGUGGAGAAACUCAGUGCGGUCAUGGUUUGGACAAAUACAUUACACCAGAGCAGUGGCGUUCAGCGAGGAACAGAUGCUUGAGUCAGGUUGCCAGAUCACCAUCAAGCCCCUCACCUUCUGCAGAUACACAAGAUCAUCCUCUCUGUGUGAGAGAGGAGCAGGAUGACCUUGCUGAUAAGUGUGAAAGUCCGAGAAGACCGGGGUCCUCCCGGCCACCCUCUGCCCCCCCGCCUCCGCCUGUGAACCUGAGACCAACAUCAGCCUGGGGUAUGACCCAGUCUGCCCAUCAAGCUCCUCCGUCGGUAUCCCUGGAAAGUUGGCACCAUAUUGACAGCACUGUUAAUUAUGUCAACAUCCCCAUCAGCGCCCUGCUCUACACGGAGCUGGAUCUGCAGGACCCCCACUCAGCUGUCAGAGAAGAGGGCUCCAUCAGGUACGCCCACCUCGACAUCGCUGCCAUGGAAACAGCUCAGCGAGUGGGGGCGGAGCACGUUCAGGGCCGGGAGGACAGGCUGAGUCAGCAGGAGAGGCGGUGAGGGCCACCAAACUGACUCGCAGCGGCCACGACUCACUUCAAAACAGUUUCUCUGCAUCUCUCUGAAUAGGCUCAAGGGAUUAAUUGCAGUUAAUCAAACACAUUGUUGUACUUAACACACCCACAGUUGUGCCAGUGUACAGAUACUGUCACAAACAAUCCAUUCCACUAAGAAAAAUAUGUCUGGGAAGUCUCUAAUGCAGCUGCCAUCUUGGAUGUGUUUAGUGUUAUGUUAAAGUUCUUAUAUUUUUAAGUUAGUGAUUUAUUGAAUUUCUGGAAGACGUUUACCCAAGGACUGUUCCUUUUUGUUGCAUGGCACGUAAUAUCUGCUGAGUUAGGAGGAUAAACUGCUUUUUUUAAGAUCCUCUCAGGUGAAUGGUGAGCAUUGGUAUAAAAGCCUUAAUUUUGAGUGAAUUGCAUCCAAACACAAAUGUUUACCACUAAUAUGAUAUUCAGAUAGGAGAGAGCAGCUAUGCUUGGCAUUUCUUAUGUGUUGAGAUGGAUUUCUUUUUAGAUUUCUUCAGACUGCGCGGGCGUGGCUCUAUCUGUUGUUUCUGCACAAGAAGUGAGAGGUCAACGAGAUCAAGCGCCUUACAAUUGAGCGUUAAGAGUCCCAGCUCGGCUAUCAUUCCACAUCAGAGCUUUAAAGCAUUCGAUUUAAAUAAGCAGUUUGGAGUAACGUCUGGGUGCAGAUCACAUUAAACAGGCCCGUGUGGCCAGGCAGGACAGGAGCAUUAUUCAUCACAGUAAUCAAUGUCUGCUUCGGGUCAGGAUUGAUGAAGGGAAAAGCAUUGUGUGUGUUCCAGUUUAUCCCCUCCCUCCUGAUAUCAUCAUGACAAGUCGUCCGAUGUUUGGCGCUAAUUUCUUUUUAUGGUAGCUGUAGCAGCAGUGUGAGGAGAAACACUAGGAAGAGUUCGAAAAACUUCUUCCAGUCACUACAGGGGCUGCUCUCCUCUACACGAUUUGUAAAUAGUAACUGCUUUUAUUUAUGCCACGUGGAUAAAUGUAUAUUUUUGAGAUAUUACUCUUUGUAUAUUGACAGCAUCUGUAUCUCACUUAUUAAAAUAAUGCUGUUAAAUGUUCAGGUUUCUGUGCUUGUUACCUGAAUCUGCAAAACAUUCUUCAUUUUAUAUUGAUCGGACCAUGCCAAGGAGCAACUGUUUUUCAGCUAAUGUAGAGUUACUACAGUAGUCCCAGUCUAUCUGAUUUAGGAUUUACAAAUAAUGGCAGAUGAAUGUUUGACGAUACAAGAUGAAGAAGUCCUGCAACUAUCAGCAUCUGGUUCAGAGUGACUGUCCAUACCUCAAAACACCCACACACCAUUUUUCUUUCUGGUAGCAACGCCGCAUUUUCAGCCAGACAUUUCUCAUAGACCUGUCAUUAGUACAAGUAGUAACAGACGAGUAUGUAAACUAAUUCAUCUUUAUUUUAUGUGACUGAUAAUCUGACUAGCUUGUCACCCGGAUAAAUCCAGCUGAAUCAUACAAAAACUGAUAUUAUGUACAAA